UUGUGACUCGCGAGCAGAGCAGCAGUGACAGCUUGACCGGAGACAGGCGUUGGACAUACGCAGAGACGCGAGUGCAACUAGGAUACUCUGAAGAGCCAUAACCGAACUUGACGCUUGUUUUAUUUAAAGUUAGACUACAAGACAGGAGACUAAAAAAAGUCAGAAAAAUGCAGUCGUUCUAUCAGCUGAUGAGCGUACUGUUUGUCUUCGGCAGCCUCCAGAUAAACCAACUGACAGAAGGCUGCUCGUGCGCUCUUUCGCACCCGCAAGAUGCGUACUGUAACUCUGACAUAGUGAUCCGUGCCAAAGUGGUUGGUAAGAAGCUUCUGAAGGAUGGGCCUUUUGGAACGAUACGCUACACAGUGAAGCAGAUGAAGAUGUACAAAGGAUUCACCAAAAUGCAGCACGUUCAGCACAUCUAUACUGACGCCUCCGAGAGCUUGUGUGGGGUGAAGUUUGACAUCAACAAAUACCAGUACCUUAUUACAGGGCGCGUGUUCGAUGGGAAGGUCUACACCGGGCUGUGCAACUUCAACGAGCGGUGGGAGCGCCUCUCUCUGUCCCAGAAGAAAGGCAUCAACCACCGCUACCAGCUAGGCUGCAACUGCAGGAUAAAGCCCUGCCACUACCUGCCCUGUUUUGUGACCUCAAAGAACGAGUGCCUGUGGACGGACAUGUUGUCCCAUUUCGGUUACCCCGGCUACCAGUCCCGGCACUACGCGUGCGUCCAACAGAAGGAAGGCUACUGCAGCUGGUACCGGGGGAUGAACUCCCGUGACAAAACAACUAUCAACGCCACCGACCCCUGAGCCAAGCGUACACCUUUUCCCAAAACUCUUACCCACUGCCAUCUUCUCUCCUUGCCUUCUGUCAUUGCUUCCUUUCUGACCUUCCCCACACAGACCCCCGCCCUCCCUCCCUCUCCCCCACCCCGUCCUCAUCAGUCGUGAACCAUUACAGGACCUGAGAAAGCACUCCCUGACUAAACAACAAUGAAAACUAAAAAAACGAAACAAGAGAAAAAACAAUCAGUGCCUGUGUCUAAGCACUUCUAUAUAAACAAUACCUUUUUGUUUUAUGCUGUACAUUUCAGUUCUACCAAACGUCCUCCUUGUUUUUGUUGUGCUACUAAAUUAUACCUAAUAAUGUCAGCCAGAUGUCCUUUAGAUUCUAUUUUUGGUUGGGAAAGCAAUAAACACAGCCCUUUAAAUGCAGAACUUAAAAAAACAAUAUAUAUAAAAAGAUAAACAGUGUACAUUAGAAAAACAUUGUUUAAAUAUAUAGCUAAAUAUCAAUACAUGAAUGUAAAAAAAAAACUUUCAUUUAGUGUGAGAUGCAGGGUGACAGAGCUGAAGCAAUACCGUUUAUACAUUAUUUAAAUAAACAAUAUUUAAACUCUAAAAGCGCGAGGUCAGUGCCAACAAAGGUGACCUUUGAAUGCGGCCUUGGAAUGCAAUGCCUCAAGCUUCAGUCACACAAAGUUAUUCUAUUGGUAUUUAAUAAUAGUCUUGAUUCACAUCAAUGUGUAUGUAUGUUCACAGUUUUGAACUGUGACAUGUCUAUUUAUGGAUGAUGCAUGAAUCUCUGCUUCCCUGAUAGUUUUUACUGCAAAGUUUAUUUUUGUCUUUAAAGAAUCACUCUGAAUACCAAGCAGAUUGAAUAAUGAAUUAAACAGAUGAAUAAAUUAUAAAUCUAUGAUAUAUUUUCCCUCGAAGCACUACAAAUGGCUAUUACAGCACAAGCAUAGGGAAUACUUAAUUGUUUGUGGAGAUUUGGAUAUAGGUUUUAUUUUAUAUUUGCUGUAUAUGAUAUAAACUAUAAAACAAUGAACUAUAUUCACUGAAACCUCUGUAGAACAAGUAUGUGUGUGUUCAUCCAAACAGACAACAAGCCUUUCUAUUUGCCAAAAAUCUCACGAGAGUUUUGGCCCAAACUGUCUCAUCAUAAAUCCCUGUUUGGCCAUGAUGAAUGACCAUAAUCCCAAAUUGUGUUUAUAAAUUGUUGAUGAAAUGUUAGUUAUGUGUUUUGAACUCCCUUAGCCGAUUAUAACGAUGGUACUUUUCUCACUCCUCGUCCGGUACCCACCUUGUCUGUUAUUUCCCCCACCACAAUCAAACUUUAAGCAGAGGUUUCAGACACACAAACACACUAAGCUAUGUUUUUCUAACUGUGUAUUCCAUUUUUUGUUUUGUAUUUAACUGUUUCAGAUGAAAAAAUGAAAGUAACAUUAUUGUCACUAAAUUCUUCCGCUUUUGUUUCAAUAUGGGGUAGAGUCUUCAUUCCAUUCCAUUCUCACACAAGUAGAUAACCCAGAGGGAGUGAUACUGUAGUUCCUUGGACAGACAUUAAACCAUACUCUUGACAAAAAAGCCACGUCCUGUACAUUAUGUGUACUAUGGUCAGAGCAUGUCAAGCCAAGUAUACAAGUCUACUGUACUCUUAAUGCUGCAUUACACACUUAUACUACUAUAGCUCAUGAUGUUUAUAAAGAGUUGCUUACAUAAUAUGCAAAAAACAACAUGCAUACACACGUACUUGCGCAAACCACAGACAUGCUAGCACCACACAUACCCAAAUGGACCUGGUCCAUGAAUUUCCAAAGUUGCAAGCAGUUUCCCCUCAUCCUCUCCUCCCCUGGUGGUUCUGCAUGGAUCUAAUCCCUCUGUGGUAUCUGUCUCAGUAUUUCCGUGGUUCAUUUUUGUGUAAAUAUACUUUCUGCUUAACACAGAAAAACUUGGUCAAGUUGAUGCCGAGUGCAUUAAAAACGGAAGCUGGUAUAUGUCUGAAUACACCUUCGUGGGUAUACACUGAUCCAUAAAGGGGGAGGGGGCAAAUGUUUUCUUGUUAGGGUUACAGAAAUGUUGGACUUAAUUUCUGUGUUUUAUAUUUUUAUAAUAAAGAUUUAAUGAAAAACUGGC